CGCUCAUUUGCUGGCGCCCUUCCUCCUGUUUCCCCAUUGCUCCCGUUUUUGCCUCUUGGUUUACGCCUCCCCUUAGCUCCGCCCCCCUCAGAGACUGCACGGCGCAGGCUCGCAGGCUCUCGUGAACCUUUUUCCGUGUCGCUUCCCCCUUCUUCCCGUCAUUCAUGUUUCCGCUUUCUCGAGUCUCUCUGGUUUUUCCACCACUGGGACACUUCGCGCCCAGGACUUCGGUGGCGUCAUCUUUCGGCGCCGCGCGGACACCGCAGGUGGAAGAAGAAACAGCUCCGCUGCCCUUCGCUUCUUUUGUUGGGCUGCUGCUCCCUCGGAAUCAUGGCGCCGUCACUGUGGAAGGGGCUGGUAGGCAUUGGCCUCUUUGCCCUAGCCCACGCCGCCUUUUCCGCUGCGCAGCAUCGUUCUUAUAUGCGAUUAACAGAAAAGGAAGAUGAAUCACUGCCAAUAGAUAUAGUUCUUCAGACACUUCUGGCCUUUGCAGUUACCUGUUAUGGUAUAGUUCAUAUUGCAGGGGAAUUUAAAGACAUGGAUGCCACUUCAGAAUUAAAAAAUAAGACAUUUGAUACAUUAAGGAAUCACCCAUCCUUUUAUGUAUUUAAUCAUCGUGGUCGAGUACUGUUCCGGCCUUCGGAUACAACAAAAUUCUUCAAACCAAGAUGCAUUGCCCUCUAACACAUCAUUGAAGUUACGAAAACACGAAUCACUGCGUCGUUAAGAUUUUUACAAAUUAUAAUAACAGGACAGGACACAGAGCUUGGAAUAUUGGAGUUUGGGGUAUAAAGCACUCCCCCCCCAUCAGUAUUUAUAUUGAUCUUUCAGACCUAACUAAAAAAAACAAAAAACAAAAAACUAUGGCCCUUGUUUAUACACCAUUAAUCAAAUCAUUAAUGCACUAUGAGUUAUCUGUGAAAUGAGUUUUCGUUUAGGGAAUUUUUGUUACAUUUAAUACAAAUUCACAUCCUCUGUAAAAGCCACUGUUCUGAACACAUUUCCUUGGAAAAUGUUGGUGGUUUUUGUGAUUAUUUAUUUUCUGAGAUUUAUUUUCUUUUGCGCUACAGUUUUUUGAAUUCUUUUGGAAAUACUGUAUGACGACUACAUUUUGGAGCAUGAAUUAUAGCAAAAUGGUCUUCAGUUCUUAACAAAUGGACUUCCCUAAUGAGACCAAAAGGUGACCUAUCAGUUUUUCUUGUGUCCUCUAAAAUGUGGCUCUGCUGCAGCAGAUACUUGCCAGGUUUUAAUCUUUCUGUGAAUUCUCACCCCACCCUGCUCCCAUAUACCUUCUAACAUCAGCUGUCUUGUUUCAUCACUUCUCUGAGGUUCUGUGUGCAGUGAACAAUUUUUGUGUCAGAAAUUCUUUGUCAUAACCAAUAUAUUUAACAAGCUCAGCUUGUUGUAAAACUACUUAUAUUCUCUUUAUCUGUAAAAUUUUCCCCUAAUUGAUCAUGUAGUGUAAGAAUAGUUGAAGAUAGAUAGACCUAAAAGACCUUUUGUAACUUCAUUAUGCUGCCUAUGUAGAAGAGGACUAAUCAUGGAGGAAAGCUGAUUACUUGUCAUUAGCCAGGUUAACUUAUUCAGAGUGUCUGUUUAUUUUAUACUAAACUCAUGAAUUAAUGAAAAUAAAGGAAACUUCUAAUUAAUUUAAAGGCAGGUUUCGAAGAAAUUAUGCCAAGUAUAUUCUACAUAUUUGGAACUAAUAACUUUAAUUUUUUGGAAAAGUAAGGUCAUUUAAGAAAUUGUUUUGUAGCUUCUGAUUUAUAGCAGGCUUAGUGCUUUCUAUCUUCAGUGUAUGUUGUUGAAGGUGAGGAUGAGGAUACAGAGUUGAAUAUUUUUGGAAACAGUAAUUUUACUUUUAAGGAAAUUUGGCUAGCUUUUUAAUUUAUAAAGUUGCAGGAAGCUCAACAUUUCUUUGUAGUGAACAUUGCUUUUGUUGGAAUGUACAGGUAUAAAAAUACUGCUUUUGUUGAAUUGUAUAGGUGUAAAGGGAAUAACUGUAUGCAGGUUUGACAAGGAAAUGUGCUUUAAGCAAGAGUCAUAAGAUGCCCUUGUACUUGAUGGCAUUUUUUCCCCAUUAAAAUGAACUUCAACUCUUCUCUUCUGCCUGGUAAUACAUAGCCCCAAAGCAUGAAAUUAUUUUGUCAUUGGGUUUUUAUUGUUGUUUAGUUUUGUUUUGUCAACCUAGUCUGUCUGUGGAGAUCAAAGUUAGAAACUUGAUAACCUAAAAUAAUUAAGAAAUGAAUUAAAAGUGUGAAGUCAGAAGUUAAAGUGAUGAUAAUUAAAUCACAAUCAUGUGUGAGAAACAACUCCUUCAUCAGACAUAUCUAUUGUUUUCUAAGGUAUGACUUGAUUUGAGAGAGCCUCUCCUUUGGGGUUGUUUUCCUUUCCUAAUAUGUUUUUGUAACAAUGUUAUUGAGAUGUAGUUCACAUAACUUAUAAUUAACCCAUUUUAGGGUACAAUUCAGUGGUUUUUAGUAUAUUCACAAAGUUGUGCAACCACGACCACAAUCAAUUUUACAUUUUAUUACCCCAAAAAGAAGCCUUUAGCAGUCACCUCUCAUUUCCUCCCAGUGUUCCUCCAGCCCCUGCAACCACUCAUCUACUUCUGUCUCUGUAGAUUUGCCUCUUCUGAUCAUUUCAUAUAAAUGGAAUUCUACAGUAUCUGGUCUUUUGUGACUGGCUUCCCAAGUAUGGUUUUCUAUGUGGAGUGAUAAGUUCUUAUUGCUGAGAAAGGGAGUGGUUGGUAAAAUCAAUAGAUUUAAGGAGGGAGGGCCAGAUACCUAACAGGUUUCUCAGUUAAUCUUAUGCUGAAUAGUUUUUCCUUAUAGCCAAGCAAUCAUGAUAUACUACAACUUGUAAUAUGUUGGCUAGUCUCUACAAUGGAUAUUGAAAUCAUUGCCUUCCUGAUCGGGAAAGUCUUGUUAAAAGUGAUGCCAAAUAAGUUGGCAAGUAAUUGAUAAAGCACUCUUCAGGCAUGCCCACCUUUGCUAUCAGCUUGUAGACCUCAGGCUAGGUGAGCGCCCCAAGUUUCUUUAAUUUACUUUAGUGAGUUUCUGCUGUCUUUUAAAAGUAUGAACCAUAAGACUAAAGGUGAUUUGGGUGUAUUGUAACGCUGCUAAAUGUAUUAAGUGCAGAAUUUUAUGUAUAAUAUUAUGAGACAGUCCAUUACUGCCUAGGGUAGUUAAAAAAAUGUAGUGAUGUGAGCUAGUUAAGCCUGCAGUUGAGUGUGAUUUCAGUGACAUUCAGAAGUGUGUACCAGUCAAGGUUUUCCAGAAUAUAGUAAGACUCACUUCUUGAUAACCAGGGAACCAGCCAAAUUCUAUGGGCCCAGCAUCAGAAAAUACAGAUCAGUGAAUUGGAGACUGUUAUGCUUUGUAACUUCCAAAUGAUUGUUUCCUAAACAUUGUGGCUUAUUUCUCAGUGGCAUGACAGCAUCUUCCUGGUUGUAUGUGGCCUGUUUCCAUGAUGUAUUGAGUAGUGUUGUUUGUUGUGAGCAUCAAUGCCUGUAACACCAAACUAAACAUAUUUUUUUGGACAUGUUUUCUCUCUUUAAAUGACCUUGCCCUGUCCAAUAAAUAAAUGAUUGUCUCACCC